ACAGCCGCCGGCCGCCGGUUUGGGCUGUAGAUGCCCGUAGCGUGUUCCCCGCCGUACCGCAGGCGGUGCAGACCCCUCCGCCCUCUCCCCACCCCGGUGCGAUGUACCCCUUUAGGUACUCCGUCCGCUCCCCCGGGCUCCUCCACACCGACUCCAAGCCCCGUUUGCGGUGGCAGAAGCCACCCGGUGUACCGCCACCCCAGAAAGGUGCUCCCACCUCCCUGAGCCCACGGGUGCCAGCGAGGGCAGAGAGAGGGAGGGUGUGCCGGAGCCCGGCUGAGUGCCGUCAGCAGCGUUGUUGUGUCGUUUGCCUGCGUUAUGCAAUACUCUGUGACACCGUUAUAAAUAAACCCGCCCCUCUAGCCCGGUGACAAGCUCCGUGUCGUGAUAGGGGCGGGGGGGAAGCGCUCCGUGCCGGGGGAGAGCCCGAACCGGGCAGCCGGGGCCUGCAAACCGCCGUAGGCGUCGGCGGAAGAAGCAAGAGACGGCCGCGUCUAGCCUGGGCCGCCGGUGCCAGGCCCCGACCGGCACCGCCCCCGGUCACGGCAGCUCUCCCGCCCCCGCGGCGGGCCGGAGGUGACGUGUGCGUGACGGCAGCGGAAGUGACGCGCGGCGCGGCGGGCGGGGCGGCGGCGGUGCCGGUGUGCGCUCGGUGGUUUCUCCUUCUCCUCAGUCACGGCUCCGGCUCGGCCUCCCCGCGCCGCCAUGUCCGCGCCCGGCAGCGGCGGCGAGUUCGGGAACCCGCUGAGGAAGUUCAAGCUCGUCUUUCUGGGCGAGCAGAGCGUUGGGAAGACAUCUCUGAUCACCAGAUUUAUGUAUGACAGUUUUGACAAUACUUACCAGGCGACCAUUGGGAUUGAUUUCCUGUCAAAAACGAUGUACCUGGAGGAUCGCACGCAGGUUCGGCUGCAGCUCUGGGACACAGCAGGCCAGGAGCGGUUCCGCAGUCUCAUUCCCAGCUACAUCCGCGACUCCACCAUCGCCGUGGUAGUCUAUGACAUUACAAACUUGAAUUCUUUCCAACAAACCUCCAAGUGGAUCGAUGAUGUCCGGACAGAGAGAGGAAGCGAUGUCAUCAUCAUGUUGGUGGGGAACAAAACCGACCUGGCAGACAAGAGGCAAAUCACUACAGAGGAAGGUGAACAGAGAGCCAAAGAGCUGAAUGUGAUGUUUAUUGAGACCAGUGCAAAGACUGGCUACAACGUGAAACAGCUUUUCCGUCGUGUGGCUGCUGCCUUACCUGGGAUGGACAGCACACCAGAGAAGAGCAAAGAAGACAUGAUCGACAUCAAGCUAGAGAAGCCUCCCGAGCAGCCAGUCACGGAGAGUGGGUGCUCCUGCUAACGCUCUCCUGCUAACCGGCGCCUCCCCCGGCGGCGCCUGCCCCGCCCGGCCUCACUGAAGAACAUCACUGCUCAUUGGCUAGGCAACCCUACUUUGUGGGCUGAAACCGAUCUACUAAGCAAGUGAACUCCCUGUUUACUGGUGGGGAGCAGCCCCGGCCGCCCCUCUUACUGCAUGGUAUGAGCCCCGAGUGCAGAAUGAGUGUCCUGUCUUUCAUUUUAUUUUUUUAUGUUGUUGCACUUUGGCACUGUGGUGCCCUUUACACUCUUCUUCUCUCUAUCUCUCUUCCUCUCCUUCUCUUCCCUCUCUUCCCCACGUUGAGCCUCAGAUGUAUCUUGUGAAUGCAAUGGAAAAGCCACCAAGUUAGGGAAGACGAAAAUACAAGCUUGGGGGUGGGCUUUCCACCUUCCUUACUGCCUUGCAUCCUAACUAGCUCCCUGUCCACUCCAGCCCUGUCUUUGUCCUGCAUCCCCACUUCCUCUGUUGGAAGGCUGCUCCUCUUCAACCAGUCAGUUUGACUCGGCCUUGCCUUUUUGGACAAUACAGGUUCUCUGUUUCUAGGCUUUUGCUUCCUGCAGGGCACACACAAUGUCAGCUCCUCAGUUUAUCCUCUCUGUGGAUGAUCUUGGCCAACUCUUGCUCAUGACUUUGGAGUUUUGCCCCUGGUGUUACAUGCAGUGCUGGAAACCCCCAAACUGGGAUAGUUUUGGCCUUGUUGCUCCCUUUUGUGUAGCCGAGACACUCCUUGGCUGGAAUAUCUUCCUGUCCAGAGGACAUUGGAGUGUUGGCUGUGAGAUGUGGGGAAGGAAGAGGGUGCAGAGGCUUUGCAGCAUGAGUCUGUGUGAGGAGAGAUCCUCACGGUGGUUUGUAGAGACCUGGGUCCUGUCUAUCAAUAGCAUAAGCUAAUAGUAACCUGAACUCCAUCACUACAGGGCUAAUAACCUGUCCUGAGGGUCACAGGUGUUGCUCAGGCUCCUGUCCUAGUCUCUGUUCUGUUCUCCAUCCCAUCAAUCAGGAGCAGGAGAGCUACAGCAGAUGUGGGAGGCCAGUAAAAGCUCUUUCAUACCUAGGUUGCUGCUUGAUGACAUCGUACAUAGCUGCUUCUGCCUGUGUAGAUGACUUCUGAGGGAAAGGGCUGGUAGCCACUUCACUAUGGGGGUAAUUUUAAGCUGCAGCAUUGCCAAAGGUGAGAUCAGCUGCAGCAAGGAUUCUUCAUCACAUCUGGCUAGAGGAUUGUGUGCUGCUGAAGUGAAUUUUGGUGUCACUUCUCCACUUGCAGGUUGGGAAAUCCAUCCUCUCUCCCCUGCCCCUGCUUUCUAAUUAGGUUAGUAGAGCUCAUCAGAGUCUCUUGCCUGGGGUUUUCAUUCAUCUGUCCUAAGCAGAGGUCUGUGGGUUUGGUGACAGUGGGGAUCAGCAGUUGGAUGGCUCCAAGCCGUUGACCUUUCUUUUUUCAUCACCCAGCCUACGUCAUGCUGACAAGGGGAGUGCCAACAGGCAGGAAAGUGACUGACUGCAGUGUGACAGGUGGGAACAAGGGCAUUUGGUGGUUAGUGACACCUCUAGCAGGAUGACACAGCCUGUAGGCCAUCGAGGGAGGGGAAAGGGGGACCUGGAGCUGGUAGUCCCCACGUUGGCUUACUGGCAGCAAGUCACCUUGCUGCCGGUGACUGAGCGGUUGUUCCCCUGACUUUUCCCCUCUGGGUGAGCUGCAGGAGGAAGCUGGGAUGCAGUUCCCCGUUCCACUGGAGUGUGUCCCCCCCUGCGCAGGUCCCGGCGCCCUGCCCUGUACAUAGCCCCGUGGUGUGGGAAGUGCUGGUGUGUGUCGGUGUGCCCGUGUCUGCCGUAGAGCAGGUCCUGCCCUCCCCUUCUCACGGGCAGGCCUGCGCCGCUCUGCUGUCGUCUUGUUCUGAGUCACGGACCUGGGGGGAGGGAGGGGGGAGACCCUAGGUAACUGGGGGGGGUAACUAGUGAAAUAAAAUAGUUCACUUCCCACUGUCUUCUCUAUGGAUGUGUAUAAUAUUGAGUGUGUGUCUGGCCCUGCUGUCUCUAGCUGUUAGCCGAGUAAGUGUGACUAUUACUCUGAGUAUGGACUGUCCGACCACAGCCGUGUAUCACACUAAAUAAAGUUAUUUCACCAACA